GUAGCAUUUCCCUCUAAAAUGUGGUGCAGCAGAAGUCCUAUAAAGCCAGGCCAUAAACAUGUGUAACAGUGAAGUUAUAUUGCUCUUCUAAAGUCUUCUAAAGUACACAAGUAUGUUUACGUGCGCUCACUGUGUGCGUGUGUUCCUACAGCCUCGAAGGCAGCAGCGAGGCUUUAGGAUUGCUGCUGCGCCGCUGUGUAUGCACUUACGGUAAUGGUGCUGAUGAGGGCGAGGAGAUGCGUGUAUGUGUGUGAUUCUGCUGUUGUGUCCUGCUGCCAUUUCAUCUGCGGAUCCUCGCGGAAAUAUCAGCAGUCCUGGUUAAAUUAAUCCGUGGCUCAGCUCACCUGUCGGUUUGGACACACAGCAGGCUCGUCUCAUCUGUAAAAACGGGCCAGAUGUUGAUGGUGGACAAGAGGCCUGGUUAAUGCGAUGCAUGUUAUCUCUGUAAGCAAUAGCACAACCACAGCUACUCCAGAGAAUCGUUUUAAAAAGACAUAAUCAUCAAUAUGGGAUCUGCUUUUUACGCUUACUGAGCUCUUAACUUUAAGAUUUUAUUUUGGUGAGACAUGGAGACGAUAUGGCUUUAUCAGUUUCGUCUCAUUGUCAUUGGAGACUCCACGGUUGGAAAGUCGUGUCUGAUCCGGAGGUUCACUGAGGGCCGCUUUGCCCAGGUGUCAGACCCGACUGUGGGGGUGGACUUCUUCUCACGCCUGGUGGAGAUCGAGCCGGGUAAAAGAAUCAAACUACAGAUCUGGGACACUGCAGGACAGGAGAGGUUCAGGUCUAUCACUCGAGCUUACUACCGUAACUCAGUUGGGGGCCUUUUACUCUUCGACAUCACAAACCGUCGUUCCUUCCAGAACGUCCACAACUGGCUGGAGGAGGCCAAAAGCCACGUCCAGCCGCACAGCAUCAUCUUCCUGCUGGUUGGUCAUAAGUGUGACCUGGAGGCCCAGCGUCAGGUGACCCAGCAGGAGGCAGAAAAGCUAGCAGGGGCCUUUGGGAUGCGCUACGUUGAGACAUCGGCACGAGACGCUAUCAAUGUGGAGAAGGCCUUCGUGGAUCUGACGAGGGACAUCUUUGAGCUGGUACGUAGCGGGGACAUCAAGAUCCAGGAUGGCUGGGAGGGCGUCAAGAGCGGAUUUGUUCCCAACACUGUCCAUUCCUCUGAGGAGGUCGCCAAGGGCAGCCGGCAGUGCUUGUGUUGAUUUACCCGAUUGCUGCAGUGUGUGGGCUGACAGGUGGUCAAACUUCAUUGGACUCCAUCUGUAGGAGAUCUGUCUCGUCUUGGCUGCACUCAGGCCAGUUUUGGGUGGACUUAAAAUAUUUCCCAGCUCUGUUACACACUUACUUCUAUAUAUAAGACAUUAUUUUAUCAUUUGGGUCCCUGUUUAUGGCUCCAAACUUAAGACACUCUGUUGAUUACCCUAACAGAAGCACAAGAAGCAUCUUAUCCGCCUCACUGUCCUGUGUGCAUGUGUGUAUGACUGUAAUAGUCCUGCUGUCUUUGCAGCGCUUAGCAACACUUCAGCUUUACUGCACUUUUGGCCUCUCUUGAUGUGAACAGUUAUACUCCAGUGGCCAGUUAUGUUGUUUGGUACACAUCUCUUAACGACUGAUGCUGUCAGUGUAGUGUGUUCUGUGCUCAUGUUAAUUUAAGUCAAUCAAGACCGAGCUUCUUCCUU